GUGGCCAGUUUGGGGGUGGGGAGGGGGGGUGAGAGGUCAGAGACGACCCCUCCCCCCUCACCCUCGUCGACUGUACCCCGCGUGCUGCUGAUGCCCACGCUGCGGGGCCAGGGGGUGACCCCCCUCUCACGACGUCUCCUGAACCUCCACGAAACCCCUCGCCCCGGCAUCUCGCGCCACCGGCCUCGGCCUCGGCCAUGCUCUGCCUCACGCGGCUUGGCCAGCAGAUGCGGUCGUGGGGCGCAGGCGCUGGGCCAGGCGGUGGCCGCGUGUUCGUGUGUCUGGGCUGCGCGGCCCUUCGCGUGGCUCCCGAGGCGACAUUGCUGAAGAGGGCUUCCUCCACACCAUCGCUCAAGCAUCUGUACCAGCGGGAGCUGCUUCAGGUUUUAAAGGCACGACAACACCAGCUACAAGGAAAAUAUGUGGUGGAGCAAAUAUCCACCCGCGAACCUGCGCAGAGUUUGCCUUCACAAUCACAAGCCGCAGUUGUGACUAAACAGAGUUGCUCCCGGGGCAAGCAGCGUGCUGACGAGGUCAAGGGUAACGACGAAGGCAGUGCCUCCAAACCCACCAAGGUGAAACCCAAUAAAGGUGAACCCAGCGCAAGCAAACAAAGUCGUCCCGCACAGCCAAAGACGGGCACAGUCAAGUCAAAGUCCACGAUAAAGUCCAUCAAAGUGAACUCUCGGCAGCAGCCUACCAAGGCGAGCGGGGACGGUGGCACUGAAUCGCUGUCCGACGCCACGUCUGCACGGAAAGCGCCCCUUCCUCACGCAGCCAUUGCAGCGUCUGCAGGAACGUUAGAGCGGCCGCGUAGGCAGUCUGCUCUCGAUCAAAAUGCUUCCAAGGUGGACGUGAAGCUCAAGGACGCAAAGGCGGUGGUUGGCGUAAAGGACAAGGCCGAGGGGGCGAAGCAAGUCCAGGAGAGGCAGCAGAAUGAUCCAGAUGAACUCCGUGACCGCCUUCUGUGCUAUCUUGAUGCCUGCCUCUUCUCCGGCGAGCUGAAGCGUGCGCAGAAAUACGUGUGGCACUACCACCAGGAUCCCAACUUGCGCUCGCUGUUGAGUGUGCAGAUCUACGACGUAAUGAUGGGCGCCUGGGCCAAAAAGAAAUUUCUAUUCAAGAUCGCCAAGCUCUUCUCCAUGGUUGGUGAGGCCGGCCUGAAGCCCAGCCUGGUGUCAUAUGCCGCUGCCCUGGAGUGCAUGGGGCGUGUGCCAAACAUUGCGCAGAGCGUCGUCGCGAGGUGCCUGGAAGAGAUGCAGCAGAACGGGCUGGAGCUGGACCAGCUGUUUGCGCACUGCAACUUUGUGGAGGACGAGCGCGAGGUGGUGCUUGCCGCCGUGCGCCGCGUAAGGCCCGACUACGCGCCGAUGGCGAUGCCGCCCAGAUCACUCGAUCAAUUCCCACUCUCCGCCCGCUUCUACGAUCUGGAUAAUUCGGGAAAUUACCCCAGGCUGAAGCAGACGACCGAAGAACUGAAGCAGGGCUUUCGGAGGCAGAUGGAUCUGGAGAAAGCUCACAUUGUCACCAUUCAAUCAGUGGAAGCCCUGAAACCAGUAACGCCAGAGAUGGAGAAAAAGCGGCAGGCCCUGACAGAGCUGCACAAGGAGUGGCGGGCAACCUUGCUGCAGGCCUUCGCGGAGGGCAAGAAGAAGCUGAUGUCCAGAAGGUUCGGCAGCAGCUUCAAGCUGGACUUGUACCCUUACACGUGCCUGCUCACGGACGAGGAGUACGUGAACGCCAUGCUGGAGAGUUUAUCCAGCCUGCCGCCCAAUGGCGAUUCAGUGAUGUCGCUCUCCAGAAAUCUGGGCAGAAAGGUUUUCAACAUGUACUGCAUACGCAAGAAGAUGCGAAACCACGUUGCGCAGCGGAUCUCCAAGGUGUACGACGCCUACUGUGAACUGCUGGCGAGUGACGGCAAGGUGAGCGGCUUCUUGCCACGCCAGUUCUGGGAGCGCGUCGAAGCGGAGGUGGCCGACGGGUACCGCCUGUCAGGCGAGACCGUGGAGUGGACGCUGCCGGUGACCGUGACGCUGGGCUCGUACCUGCUCGACAUCAUGGUGCGCGAGCUCAAGGUGUACUCCGGCACCGGCUCCACCGACUUGGUCAGGGGCACCAAACCCAUCCCGGCGCUCUACCACGUGUACGCCUUCCGCAGCGUGCGCCAGAUCGGCUUCGUUAAGCCUCACCCCCUGGUGACCCAGCUGCAGUCGAGGGCGGUCGAGACGGAGCUUCAUUUCGACGUGCAGGCCUUGCCGACCUCCUGCCCACCCCUGCCGUGGACCUCGCCCCGAUUCGGCGGCUACGUCCUGAUACCCACUACCCUCAUGCGCAGCGUGGACAUGGCCACGCAGCACCAGAACCUGCUGGACCUGUGCCAGGUUCAGGAGGCGCGGCGCUUGCAUGCCGCCAUGGACGUGCUGAACCAACUGGGGACGUGCUCCUGGAUCAUUAACGAGCCGCUUCUCGACAUCGUCAUCGGCAUCUUCAACGACCGCGGCUGCGACAAGCUCGACAUCCCACCGCCUCUCUCCGAGGCUCCCAAAGUGCCCAGGUACGACCCAACGGGUCAGAACGGCAUCGCCGACCGGCUCGCUUUCCGGCGCGCGUUGACGCACGCGCGCAAGACGACAAGCGAGAUGCACAGCCUCCGCAUGAGCGCGCUCUACAAGCUGUCCAUCGCCAACGCGAUGCGCGGCCGCGUCUUCUGGUUCCCGCACAACAUGGACUUCCGCGGGCGCACCUACCCAUGCCCGCCGCACUUCAACCACCUGGGCAGCGACAUGUCACGUGCCCUUCUGCUGUUCGCCGAGGGGCGGCCGCUGGGCGAACGCGGCCUCGAUUGGAUCAAGAUCCACCUGGUGAACUUGACGGGUACCAAAAAGAAGUCCUCCCUGCUGGAACGCCGCAUGUUCGCUGACGAGAAGAUGGACGACAUCCUGGACUCGGCCGACCGACCCCUCACGGGCCGCCAGUGGUGGAUGGAGGCAGACGAGCCGUGGCAGGUGCUGGCCUGCUGCAUGGAGAUUGCCAGAGCUGUCCGCUCCCCGGAUCCCAAGGAGUACAUCUCACACUUUCCUACCCACCAGGACGGGUCUUGCAAUGGGCUGCAGCACUACGCCGCCCUGGGACGCGAUACGAUUGGCGCCGCAUCCGUCAACUUGAAGCCGCUGGACAUGCCCCAGGACGUGUAUGCGAGCGUCGCGCAGCAGGUUGAUGUGUUCCGUGCUGAGGACGCCAAGAACGACGUGAAGAUCGCCCAGGUGCUCGGGGGCUUCAUCGGCCGCAAGUUGGUCAAGCAGACGGUGAUGACGGUGGUGUACGGCGUGACGCGUUACGGAGGACGACAGCAGAUCGAGAAGCGCCUCAGCGAGAUGGACGACUUCCCCAAGGAGUACGUGUGGGACGCCUCUGCCUAUCUGACCAAACUGGUUUUCUCCAGCCUCCGGGAGAUGUUCACGGGAACACGUGAGAUCCAGAACUGGCUGACCGAGAGCGCGAGGAUGAUCGCCCGUGCGGGCCAGUCGGUCGAGUGGGUGACGCCGCUGGGCCUGCCCAUCAUACAGCCCUACCACCGAACCCAACGAUCCGUGUUGAACGGCCACAUGCAGAUGAUAGGACUAUGCAAUUCUACAGACGUAAACCAAAAACCGAACAUCAUGAAACAGAAAAAUGCGUUCCCGCCAAACUUCAUCCACUCGCUGGACUCCACACACAUGAUGCUGACGGCUCUUUACUGCUACAGGGAGGGCUUAUCUUUUGCCUCUGUCCACGACUGCUUCUGGACACACGCUGCCACAGUGGAUAUCAUGAACAGGGUGUGCCGUGAGCAAUUUGUGGCGCUGCACAGUCAACCCAUCCUGGAGGAUCUGUCCUCUUUCCUCAUCAGCAAGUACAGCGUUUUUGCCCCGGCGAGCCGGAGAAAAAAGGCAUCUGCAGAGUUCAAACAUCUGAUGGAUUUUCUGACGCUGAUCCCUCCAAAGGGCGAGUUCAACCUGGAGGAAGUGCGAGACUCGACGUAUUUUUUCAGCUGAAGCGGCCCCCGAGGACUUCUAGAGGACAAAACGAAUCCACCCACCCCCCUCCUCUCCACGGCUGGACCCUGGUGUGAGCUGGCUCGUGAUCUCACCUGGCACGGCGUAGUCCUUGACGAACGCCAUCAUAACCAGGAUGGUGGGGGGGGGGAGGCUGCCGUUUCGGCAGAUGGAUUUCACAUCAAGCGGCUGUGCCUUUUAAUCGUAAUAUUUAAACGACUUUUUUUGCUGUAUUUUUUUUUUAUUGUGGGACAACAGAAGACGUCCGAAGAUGAUGUUUCAUGUCCGAGCUCUUAAGCCUUUUUUUUUGUCUGGCUGAUGCUUUUGUGCAAUGCAGAUGCUCAAUUAUAAAUGCCGGGGCCAUUCAUUUUGCAUCCUGGCUUAUUCAUCACUCGGCUCAUUUAGCCUGUGAUUGAUAUCAGGUGUGAGCCGUUCUGUCUGCGCAGACAGACGAGAAGGCUUCACUCAACGCAGGUAAACACGGUCGUCGGUGACCAAUUCACGUCUCCUGCAGGUUUUGGUGAAAUCAAUAAAUAUUUGGCUCAAGCAACUUCUUGCUCUUCGUAGUUUAUUGGGGGGUGAAGUAUUUAUUUUUGUCUUCCUGAAUUCAUCAUCGUAUACAUUUUCUAAAUACAUUGUCAAACAAACGAAAAAAAACCGUGAAAUAUUAAAUUUUUCCUGCCUAAGUGGAAAUCAAUGCUUUGGCCAAGAGACCUUUUCAGAUCAAUGAAUCAUCACGACAAUGUUGCAUCAAGGUCAUCAUGGAGUGGCUUCACACACAUUGGUGGUCAUUGGCAGACCAAAGCCGGAUGUUGAUUGACACGUGUCCUGAAGCUUCACUGAGGCAAUGUUAUUAAAAACAUUCAGACUUACAAAUGGUCCACCUGUAAGUAGUUACAAAAAAGCAAUUGUCAUAUUUCUGCGAAGCCAAUAAAUGGACAUUAAAGUCUUUUUGGUUUUAUUAAUUGACUUUCUGAAGCUGCAAUAAUUUGCUGCAUAUUCAAAUGUGCAUUUGCGUGUGUAUAUAAUUUAUCCUCAUGUUCUCUCUUUUACAAUAUGUAAAUACAUGACUAUGUUUUAUAUUGAAUUGUACAUAAUACUGUACCAUUGUUUUUAUACAAUGCAUUGUCUUGGUAACAAUCGAAAAGAUAUUACUUUAUAAACGCAUUACCAGUUUACUUGCAUUUGCCAUGGAAGGUGACCUUGUUUGGUGUGUCGCGGUGGAAGUCUGCUGUCAGAGACGAAUUGUAACAAGUGAGAUAGUUGUAGCAAAUUUUCUGUAAUUACGUGAUGCCUGCCAAGGAAGCCGAUCCUAAUCCCGGCAUGCAUUGCCACGAUGCCACAGGAAGCCUUCACUGCUUCAAGUUGGAGACCACACGAACUGUUUUGUGCGCUGCUUGUCAAGAGAAUCGUCUAUGCACUGAAUAAAGUACCAACAUUGUUUUGUACAAAUGUUUGAUUUGAGCACUGUGUGUGAUAUAGUCCCACUUUGCACCAUUAAAUUAACUCUACGAUUGGA